AGAAAAAAAAUGACACAAGAGAGAGAAUUUUUAUAUUGGUUGAGGGUUUUCUGAUUGCUUGCUUGUCUAUGAGAGGAGAAGCAAAAUUUAAAUUCCUACUGCUUAUUUCUAUACAUCUUUCCCAUUCCUCUAUACUCUAAUACUCUAAUAUUUUACUUUAAUACAUGAUCACUUCACCAUCAUCGAUUUCCAAUGCCUUCACUUCAUGACCUUUGGUCACAAAUCAAUAUUACUUUGGCUAAUUUCACAUACAGUAGAGAUGAUGAAGGUGAUCAUAUCGAUUCCGAUACACCCCGCUCCGGUGUCGCGACCCCACAACCAGAUCCGUCAGACAAGCGAACUCCUGGUAUAUUGCAUAGCUUUUAUGGACAGGUUGGUUCAGGUUCUUACUCAAGUCCUUCGAAACAUACAUCAUCACAUAUAUCAUAUCCUAACCCCAGUGACUUUGAGAGUUACUCUUUCCCACGACAGAAAAUUGAAACAGGUGAUGCGCGUUUGAAAGUCAACCCAAGUUCAAUUGAUGAACCUGGGAUUGAUUCUGGAGUAGAGAGAGAAAAUCCACUACUCCAAUCUCAUGAGCUUUUGGGUAGUUCUCAAAUAUCCAAACAACAUCCUUAUCCGACACCACCUGUUUCACAUCCAUCUUCGCUAUACAAGGUGAAAUUGAGUGAUGCGAGUUUUGAAGACGUUGGCAAUAAUGUACAGAAGACGAUAGCUCCUACUGACCGAGAUUGCAUUUCGGAAUCAUUUCCGUCACAUGCAAGAAGAGCUUCGUCUAUGACACCAUUGUCAAAUAUUGUUACUCCAUCAAAUGUCCAUGCUACACAUUUUUCAAAUCCAAGCGAUACCCCCUCCGAGCACAAACUUAGCACUCCUCCGUUAUCCCGAUUGCAUUCUGAAUUCCAUCAGUCACCAUCCUAUGAUCGACUCAAGAAGCUAACUUGUGACGGAUUUAAGAGCACACCAUCAACACCCACCCGAGCUUUGUCAAAUCAAACUUCAAAGUCAGACCAAAGUGUUGCGAGCACAAAUUCUGACCAUACUGCACAAACCAGUAACGGACAAAAUGACAAAUCAAGCACGAGUGAACGACCGGCUGUGACUUCUAGAGCAGAUAAUAGCAUAGCAGGAGCAGUGGGACCACCAAAGGGCAAACUUACUGUGAAGAUCAAUGAAGCCAGAGGAUUGAGGAAGAGCUUGGAUCCCUACGUGGUAGCCGUUUUUCAACGAAACGAGUUGGUAUCCAAAGGUCCGCAAUCAGAAGAGGAUGAUGAGGAUGAUGGCAAUUCACAUAGCCCUGGCGGAAUUCCAAUUGGCGGAAUUCCAAUUGGCGGUAUUCCGAUCACGCGUACUGGAAGUGAUUCUGGUCGCCCUAUGGCCAUUCCUAUGAAAAGUAGACAAAGCAGCAACACCAGCUUGUCGGAAUAUAGAGAUUUCAAGAACAAAGGUCGGAAAAUGUUUACUCACCCAAAAUGGGAUGCCGAAGCUGUCUUGUAGGUUUAACAGCAUGACUUGUGAUUCAUCUGGCUAACGAAUAUUCAGUGAUGUUGUUGGCUCUGAUACAAGAGUCAAUAUCACCAUCUACGACCGAGCUCAGCAAGCAGAGGAAUUCUUGGGUCACGUUGAUCUUCAAGCCAAUCUUGUUGAGAAUGCUGAUUCUCCUGUUUCCGGCUGGUUUCAACUACAUGGAAAGGACGAUACUCUCAAUGCAGGAAGUGUAGGUGAGAUUCACGUUGAAAUUUCAUUUCAACGAACAGAGAAGAAACAUUAUGGACCAGACGAUUUCCAGAUUUUAAAGCUUAUCGGAAAGGGCACUUUUGGGCAAGUUUACCAAGUGAGAAAGAAGGACACGAAGCGAAUUUAUGCUAUGAAAGUUCUUCAGAAGAAGGUUAUUGUUCAAAAGAAGGAGGUUGCGCACACAGUUGGUGAGAGAAAUAUCCUGGUCCGAACAGCUACUGCUGAUUCUCCAUUUAUCGUUGGUCUCAAAUUCUCCUUCCAAACACCAACGGAUCUAUACCUUGUUACGGAUUAUAUGUCUGGAGGUGAAUUGUUCUGGCAUUUACAGAAAGAGGGAAGAUUCGAUGAGCAGCGUGCCAAAUUUUAUAUUGCGGAACUCAUCUUAGCACUUCAACAUCUUCACAAGCAUGAUAUCGUCUACCGAGAUUUGAAACCGGAGAAUAUCCUUUUGGAUGCCAAUGGUCACAUCGCCUUGUGCGACUUCGGAUUAUCGAAAGCAAAUCUAACGAAAAAUGCCACGACUAAUACCUUCUGUGGUACCACUGAGUACCUCGCACCCGAAGUUCUCUUGGAUGAAGCUGGAUAUACAAAGAUGGUUGAUUUCUGGUCUUUAGGAGUCUUGGUAUUCGAAAUGUGUUGUGGUUGGAGUCCAUUUUACGCAGAGGAUACACAACAAAUGUACAAAAAUAUUGCUUUUGGUAAAGUUCGAUUUCCCAGAGACACUUUGACUACCGAAGGACGAAACUUUGUCAAAGGAUUACUCAACCGAAACCCCAAACAUCGUCUUGGAGCUACAGAUGAUGCUGAAGAAUUGAAGAGGCAUCCCUUCUUCUCUGAUAUUGAUUGGGAUGCUCUUACCAAGAAAUUGAUCACUCCUCCAUUCAAGCCAAAGUUGAAGUCAGAGACGGAUACAUCCAACUUCGAUCCAGAAUUCACCAAUGCCUUGAAUGGUGCGUCAUCACUCAAUGCACGUGCAGCUGCCCUUGCUGCAGGUAUGGCAACAUCAACACCAUUAUCUCCAGGAAUGCAAGCAAACUUUAAGGGGUUCACAUUCGUUGAUGAAAGCUCCAUUGAAGAGAAUAUGAGAGAUAGAGUCAAAGAUGAAUACGAUGAUCGAAUGGAUCAAGACGAUAGAACAGAACAUGAUUGGGAGGAUCCAUUUGAUAUUCCCGAUAAACAACGUUCCGAUCGAAUGAGUGGAGUAGUGAGGAAUCAUACCAAUGAAGAUGAACGAAUGUUCAAUGGUGAUGAUUUUCAUUAAUCCUUCAUUAGUAUAUGACCUCAUCUCGUGUAUUUAAGGUUUUGAUGCAGACAUGAUUUUUAUGUCCGCAUACAUAUACAAUCUUUUUUUCAUUACUUGGUCUAUGAAUCAGCUUCUUUUUCUUCGAAAUGGGAGUAAGGGUUUUGGUGUGGGUGGUGCAUGCAUUCUAUCAUAUUUUUAUUACGUUUUAUGUUCCUGGACUUAUUUACUAGCUCAUCAUUUCCUGAGUUGGUUCUUGCAACAAUAUGAGUUGAGAUGGAUUGAAGGAGAUAAUUGAUUGAUAAACGACUCGGGAACUUUACUUGAAUUACCUUUACAUACUUAUGAUGAUGUAACAUUUUGAGUGGUAAGAUGCAUGGAUAUGGCGUAAUUUUGAUGGAUGUGGUUUUAUUGAUUGUAGGCUUGCUUAAUGGCUCGCCUUUUUGUUGUCUUCUUUUUUGCAUUGCAAUGGAGUUUUUUGUACUGCGUGGUCGCGCAUUA